UAGGGCACUGGUCCCCUCUUCCCCCACAGUAGCUCCUCCCUUGUUUCUUCUACUCCGCCCCUUACGGCCCUAAACUUCCUGGGCCGGAACUGUUUGGCUUUUUCCUGCCCUAGUGGAGGGUGGGGUGGCCCUUGGCCUCUGGGAGCAAAAAUGGAGCCCAGGAGGGUGGCUCCUGGGCCAUCGGGCCGGGGGCCUCCAAUGGUCUCAGGGUCGGCCGCAGAACUCGUGUACCACCUAGCGGGGGCCCUGGGCACGGAGCUGCAAGAACUGGCACGCCGGUUCGGGCCGGAGGCAGCGGCUGGGCUGGUGCCCUUAGUGGUGCGGGCGCUGGAGCUCCUGGAAAAGGCGGCCGUGGGGCCCGCUCCGGACUCGCUGCAAGUGUCCGCGCAGCAGGCCGAACUGGAGCUGCGGUGGCUGCGGGAGGAGAAUGAGCGCCUUCGCAGGGAGCUGGGCUCCGCACCGCGGGAGGAGCGUCUGCUGCUGCGACAGCUCAAGGAGGUGACCGACAGGCAGCGAGACGAGCUCCGGGCACACAGCCGAGACCUGCUGCAACGCAGCCAAGAGACCGAAGCGUUGCAGGAGCAGCUGCAGCGCCUUCUGCUGGUGAAUGCGGAACUGCGGCACAAGCUGGCAGCAGUACAAACCCAACUGCGGGGGGCCGAGGACCGCGAGAAGGACCACCGGACGGCGCUGGAAAGCGCUCUCCGGCUAGCGGAAGAGCAGAGGCAGGGGCCCAAGCCUCCAACCUCAGACGACCCGGUGGAUGCGCCGCCGCAGCUAGGGCGCCUCCCAGAGUCAGAGCAGUGCAGCUUCAGCCGGGAGGAGCUUGAGCAGAUUAUUCAGGGGCGCAAUGAGCUCAAAGCCAACGUGUUCCUGCUCAAGGAGGAGUUGGCCUACUUCCAACGGGAGCUGCUCACGGAUCACAGGGUCCCCGGGCUUCUGCUUGAAGCCAUGAAGGUGGCUGUCAAGAAGCAGCGGAGGAAGAUCAAAGCCAAGAUGCUAGGGACCCCAGAAGAAGAAGAAAGCAGUGAUGAUGAGGAUGGCUCAUGGCUCGUGCUGUCCAGUGAUAAGGAAGAGGAUUCCAUCCCGGCUCCUGGGUCCAGAAUACAAACUUUGGCUUGUGGUAUCCGACUCAAGCGGAGGCUUCAGAAGCAGAGACCAGCAACACCACUCCCAGCAAGCUAGGGGAAGGAGAGGAGGCCCCCCAGCAGUCCUACCUGGAGCCUGUGGACAGCCCUCCGGCCCCCAACUCCUGAUGGGGCCUUCUGUGCUCUCAGUGAACAGUUUGAUCGAAAGGCCUCAGCUGUUGUAGAGGCUUGACUUUGGGGUCUGGCUCUGGGUGGUUAAUGUGACUUCAAGUGAGGAUGAAGCUUCCCGUAGCUCUGCACCAGGCCUGGCAGGCAGGUUUUCAGCCUGCCUCCCCUCAGGAAACCCUGUACCACGACCUCGCAGCCGCAGGAGGUAAAGAUGUCCUUUCUGAGUUCCUUUCCCCAUCUGUGAGAUAAAAGAUGAGACGCCUUCAUCUCUGGGGUUUGUACAGCUGCCCUAAGCCAAUGUAAUAAAGCAACUGCCCAUUAAACCCCCAAA